UGUAAUUAGUAUCCUCAACUUUAAUCCGGUUAUUUAGUUAUGAAAUGAAAUGGACUUUGGAUGCUCAGAAUUAUUGAAUUAUUCUGAGAAUAAUUAAAUGGUCCCACGUUUAUGCAAGACUGUUUUUCGAUGUAGAAGCAUUACUUUUGACAAAUUUACCAGCAUUGUUAGUAUGAGCAGCAGGACUGGGCCAGAUGACACUAAGAAACCAUUCGUAGACAAGUAUUUUGAAUGUGCUGAAACCGGAAACGUACAAGAAAUAUCUUUUCUUCUGAGAGCAACAGUGAAUGUAGAUCAGAAGAACGACAAAGGCUGGACAGCUUUAAUGUUUGCAGCCAGACACGGACAGGCAGACAUCAUUCAAACAUUGCUGCAAAAGGGGUGUGAUACAAAUAUUGUCAACAAAACUGGCCAGACAGCCCAGGAUAUCGCUCUGUUUUGGGAUCAGAACACUGCCGCUAGAUUAAUAGAGACCCACAUGAAGGAGGUAAAUCCGGAUCAACAGCUGAGGAACUUUUUCUCACUGAACCUUUUGAACAGGGCUUCAGAGAAAAGGAAAGACAAACAAUGGAUAGACUCCAAAGUCAGAGACAACUCUUCACAAUUCUUAUUGCUUUCGGAUCUUAAACCAUUUGUUUUACCUGUGAAAGACGAGUCUUCCAAAUGGCGAUACAGACUUUGCUGGUUUGAGCACGAGAAGAUUUCAUCUCAUAUUGCCUCAGAUCCUGUGAUAAUCUUCCUGGGUGUAGAUCAGUCUUCUUCUAAUGCCUUGUUUGCUGUAGAUGUCUCAGGGGUUGAGGAAGGCAAAUUCAAAGACUCUGCACCGGACGGUUCCUUCCUGGUCCCAUUUCCUGGCAGCCUUCAGAUGGAGCCGUCCGACGCCGGGAUCUUCGCAGAGGCCCGGUCCAUGAUGGACUGGCUGCAGCGGUACAAAUUCUGUGGGACCUGUGGGUCCCAGACGGACAUCACAGAAGGGGGCCACAAAAGGGUGUGUAGGAACAAAGACUGUAUAUCUAAUAAAGGAAUCCAUAAUACCUCUUAUCCGAGAACAGAUCCUUCUGUCAUCAUGCUUGUUGUAUCAGCAGACGGUAAGCGAUGUCUUCUUGGAAGAAAGAAGCAGUUUCCCGCCAAAAUGUGGUCCUGUUUAGCGGGCUUCAUGGAGCCAGGUGAGACAAUCGAGGACACAGUACGACGCGAGGUGGAGGAGGAGAGUGGUGUAAAAGUAGGUCGUGUGGACUACCACUCCAGUCAGCCCUGGCCAUUUCCAGCUUCACUGAUGCUGGGAACUGUAGCUUAUGCUAAAACUGAGGAUGUAAAGGUUGAUGAAGAUGAAAUGGAGGAUGCCCAGUGGUUUAGGAGACCAGAAAUUGUGCAGAUGCUGACCCAUCAACAUCCUCAGGGACUGUAUGUACCCCCAGAGCAGGCCAUAGCUCAUCAAAUCAUCAAGUCCUGGGUCCGAAAAACAGCCAACUCUAACCUCUAGGGCACCUGUUAAAGUGUCUUUCAAAUGUGAUGUUAUAGACUUUCAGAUGUGAUUAUAUUUCAAUCAAUCUAAACAAGUGAUAAAAAAAUUUAUUACCAGCUUGUGUAUCAAAAUAAUUGUUUUAUAUCUGAAAAUAUAAAAUUGUUAUACAAAUUAUAAUGUAUUGUACAUGUAUGAGGGUAGUGCAAAAAAAUUGUAUAUUUAUGUAAUCAGUAUGAAAAUUUAAAUAAAUAUGCAACAUUUCA